GGGCUGGUCUUGGUUGGGGGCUGUCCCGCACCUAAGGCAGGAAGAUGGUGGCCGCAAAGAAGAGGAAAAAGUCUCUGGAGUCGAUCAACUCUAGGCUCCAAGUUGUUAUGAAAAGUGGAAAGUACGUGCUACAGUACAAACAGAUUCUGAAGGUGAUCAGACGGGGCAAAGCGAAAUUGGUUGUCCUCGCCAACAACUGUCCAGCUUUGAGGAAAUCUGAAAUAGAAUACUAUGCCAUGUUGGCUAAAACUGGUGUCCAUCGCUACAGUGGCAAUAACAUUGAAUUGGGCACAGCAUGUGGAAAAUACUGCAGAGUAUGCACACUGGCUAGCAUUGACCCAGGUGAUUCUGAUAGUAUUAGAAGCAUGCCAGAACAGACUGGUGAAAAGUAAACCAGGAAAGUUUUUCUUUAAUAAAACUUUAUCAGAGCUCCUUAAAAAAAAAGACUGGGUGCUGGUGUGUCAGCACCAGUGACAAGUCAACCGAAGUAUCCAUUUACUUCUGUCUUCCCUGCCAAACUAGAAAAUCUAGGCAGUGUCUAGUGCAUGGUAUGUUCUCAAUAAAGAGUUUUAAAUGGCUGUGUGGGUGGGUGGGUGGAUAGAUGGUGGCUGGGUGUCUGGGUAGAUAAACGGACAAUAAAAUGAAUGGACGGACCCGUUUCCCUACAAUACUGUAGGAACGAUUUGAUAGGGAAGAUCUUGGGUGCAAGUGCCUGUCCUCUGGCCCCAAUCUGACAGCAGCUGGGUUGCACGCUCCCUCUGAGCUCUGUUCUUGUUGUCUGCUGCAGGGGCGUCUCCGUGUACCUAUCUCAGAGUUCUCAUGAAGUUGCAUGGGACGGUCAAUGGGAUUGUGUUUUGUACCUUGCCAAAUAUGGAGAGAACGUGUGUAUUUACCAGUCAGCAUGCUUCAUAAGUGCAGAAACCCCAUGACAAACCCACUUUAGCAGCAAAGGAGAACCCUGGGUCAGAACUAAAACAAUAAGAAAAAAACUGUCAACUGAUGGCUGCUUGAGGAGAAUGAAUGGAUUACAGAAGGGAUGUGGCCCUGGGUGGCCUGAGAGGCAGCAGACAGUCUAGCACUCAUGCUGUGUCGGGGAUGGACCUGACUUAAUGGACAGCAGUACAUGAGGCUAGCCUCUUGCCUUCACCAGCAAAGGUGUCCAGGUCUUGUAACAUUGCUAAUCAGACACUGA